CAACAUAUUUAAGCGAUCGCACAGAGACAUUUCACCAGUCCACGGGCGACUUAAGAGAAGUCAGAGAUAAAUAGUCAGGCUGAAUUCUAGAGAACAAAUUUCAGUCCAAAUCAAACAUGCAGUCCUUGCUGCUUCUGCUGCUCGAAGUUCAUCUCGCAUAUGCUGGAACCCACACCUACCAGUACUUCUACACUGCAACAUCUGGGUUACCAAACUUCCCAGAAUUUGUGGCAGUUGGUAUGGUGAAUGGAGAGCAAAUUAAUUACUAUGACAGCAGCACCAUGGAGGCACUAGUUAAGGCAGAUUGGGUAAAGGGGAUUGUGGAUCCAACUGAAUGGAAAAAUAUUUGGCUUGGUACACAGCAGUGGUAUAAAGCGAGCGUUCCAAUUCUGAAAAAUCGCUUUAAUCAAAGUGAUGCAGGUGUACACACAGUCCAGAACAUGUACGGCUGUGAAUGGGAUGAUGAGACUGGAGCAACAAAUGGUUUUAAUCAGCAUGGUUAUGAUGGAGAAGACUUUCUGAAUCUGGAUUUGAAGGAUCUGAGAUGGAUUUCACCAGUGCAGCAAGGACUCAUCACCACACAGAAGUGGAACAAUAACAAAGCUAAUCUUGAGGGUCGCAAACAGUACCUCAACACUGUGUGCAUUGAGUGGCUGAAGAAAUACGUGCAGUAUGGAAAGAGCAGCCUGGAGAAAACAGUCUCUCCUCAGGUGUCUCUGUUGCAGAAGGAUCACUCUUCUUCAGUCACGUGUCAUGCUACAGGUUUUUACCCCAGUGGAGUAACAAUCACCUGGAUGAAUAACGGACAGGAGCAUCAUGAGGAUGUGGAGGUUGGUGAACUUCUUCCCAAUGAGGACGGAACCUUCCAGAAGACGAGCACACUCAGAGUUACACCUGAUGAGUGGAAGAAGAACAAGUUCAGCUGUGUGGUGGAACACAAGGGCAUCAUCAAGGAAGAGAAUGAGAUCAGGACAAACAAUGGAAAUUCUCUUCCCAUUGGCAUCAUUGUUGGCGUUGUUGCUGCUGUCGUUCUGUUGAUUGUCAUGGCUGGCAUUGGUUAUAAGAUCUAUCAGAAGAAGAAAGGCUUCAAACCUGUCAACGGCUCUGAUGAUGGAUCUAACAGUUCAGCUCAUGCAGAGCCACAUGCAUAAAGAUGUAAGUGAGACACCAGAUGCGUGAGAGGGAUGAAGUUAACCUGCUGUCAGUCUUGUGUACAAAAUGUCUCAUGCACAGGAUCACAGAUUUUUGAAUUAAAUACAAUUAAAUGUUUUUAUUUGUUUGUGGUGGGAUUGAUCUGUUUUAUGAUUCUUCACUACGGUAAUUACAUGUAAAAAAUAUAUUGUUUUGUACACUU